AUGAAGUCAAAAAACACAAAAAACCAUGCGGAGACUAAAGACGGCGAAGCGGGCAGCUCCAAGGGGACAAAGGGAGGUGGGUCGGCAGAGCCCCAAGGAGAGACCCGACGCGAGGGAGUCAGUGUGCUGGCUAAGAGAACGCGGAACAGGCCAGGGCCGCGGUCCUCUAAGAAGAUCCAAGACCUCCCGAUCCCGGACUCAGAUUGGUCCGACAUGGAGGAGGAGGAUAGGGAGGACGAUGUCCCCCACACAGACAGUGAGGAGUCAUCGAUCUCUUCCGUGGACCAUAUAACGAGAAAACGGAAGAGGAAAGGGAGGCCCCCAAAACCGUUUGAGGGAAUAAAAAGGAAGAAGGAACAGUGCAUAAGGGAGAUCCGGCUGCUCAAAGCGGAGAAGAAGGCACUGGAGGAGGUGGUUAACCCAAAGGUGGCCCCAAGAAGCGCGACGCCCGAGAAGGAAACCAUUCGUCGCAUGGAGUCCCUCAGCCAGGAGGAGAUGGCGGCAGAAAUGUUGGAAAACAUAAAUGUCGUGGUCAAGGUUGCCGAAAGGUCGUCGAACCUAAAAGGCACGUACGUAAGGGACCUGAAGGCGUCUUCCGCGACGCUACGAGCGGCGGCUACGGUGGUGGCCACAAAGUCAGCAGGCCCCAACAGCACGGCGUCGGAGGAGAUCGAGAGGUGGAAAGCGAGGGUCAGAAGCCUGGAGGACCAGGUGGAGAAGCUCACGGCCCUCCUCCAAGAGGAGAGAGCCGCAAGGAUAGCGGCGGAAAAGAAGGCGGAAAGGGAAAUGGACACGGUCGAGAAAAUGGCCACGGUCGAGGAAAUGCCCGAAGUAGUGCUGGAGAUGCCCGACGUGCGGCAGGGGGCAAACCAUUCUUCCCAGGCCAGUGCCCGAGCGCAAGACCAGGGGAAGCCAGUAAAGCUGGCGAAACAAGAAAAGCCCAAGGCCCAGGGCCGGAAACAAGAGGCCGCUAAGAGGGGAAAGCUGGAGACAGCAGAUAGGUCCGACGAUACCGUCCAUCGACCAAUGUUGAGGGGAGAGCGUAAAGCACUGGAGGACCCGCCCGAAGAAGACGCCAUGGAGGGCAUCAGGCGGGUCAUGGAGGGAGUCUCCAUAAAGGAGGUGGUCUGCGGGGACUCAAACAAGGUGAAGCGCAACCUGGAAAAUUUAAUAACUAGGUGCCAGGGAGCGCUGAGCCGAAUCCCGAAAGGAAAGGGGGAGAGUGGGAAGAGACUCCCAGUCGUUACCAGCAUGGAGGAGGUUAAGGACAAGGUGAGGCUGAGGGCGAGAGAGACGGCGGCGCGGAUCGUCCGAAGCAACAAGGAGACCAAGAUGCCGAAGGAGGAAAAGAAGCCCUCCAAGGAGGAAAAGAGGACCCCGGCUCUAGCCAAGCCAACUGCCUCCUGGGCGGAGGUGGUGAGAAAGGGGAGGAAGAAGCCGGUGAACAAGGAGCAAAGCCCGGUGGCGAAAUCCGGGAAGCCUGUGACUGCGGCAACCACCAACGGAGCCGAGAAGAAGGGGCAAAAAGAGCAGCUGAAGAGGAGGUCGCCCAAAACCGCCGCGGUGGCGAUCUCAUUCCCGGAAGGACAGGCAGCCGAGGGAAUGAGAUUCCUGAGGUCCCAAAUUAAACUGGAGGACCUAGGAAUUGAUAAGGUCAAGAGCAGGAAAGCCCUGAACGGGGCUACUCUGCUCGAGAUCUCGGGAGGUGCCGAAGCCAAGGAAAAGGCAGACACGCUUGCCACCAAGAUUAAAACAGUUGGGGAGGGCAAGGGCGUGAAGGUCACCCGCCCCGAAAAAAGGGCGGAGAUCCGGCUUAAGGAUCUAGAUGAAUCCGUCUCUGAAGAAGAGAUUCGGGCUGCGGUGACGAAGGCUGGAGGUGGGCUCCCGGACGACAUAAAGGUAGGCCCCAUCCGGCGAAAUGGGAACAUGUUGGAUCCAGUGUGGACUCGAGGUGGCGAGGAGAACAGCCGAGAUGAGGAGAAUAAAGCUGGGCUGGGUGUCGUGCAGGGUGGAGAUGCUCGACCCCCGCCCGUUAGUAUGCUACAGGUGCCUGGAGAGGGGGCACAUUAG